CUUGUGUCAGAAGCAUUUCACGACAGCCAUCGAAGCGUAGUUCAGAAAACUCCGUUAAAUUUCGACAUGGAAUUUUGGACGAUUUUGGGAACACUCCUAGUGAUUCUGUUGAUCUACUAUUAUUUCUCCAACCAGAACGACUACUUCAGUAAACAUGGCAUUCCCCACAUCAAGCCUAUUCCUCUCCUCGGCAACAUGGGGCCGACACUCCUGAGGAGAAUGUCCAUCUUCGAGCUCAUUCAGAAGACCUACUAUUUGGAUAAGAACGCCAACUACGUGGGAUUCUUUGACUUUAAAACCCCAAUAGUGAUGCUUCGUGACCGUGACCUCGUUAAAAAUAUCACUGUCAAGAACUUUGACCAUUUCGUCAAUCACCGUGACUUCAUCACAUCCGAUCUGGAUCCUCUCUUCGGAAAUCUUCUCUUUACAAUGCGCGACGACAAGUGGCGGAAGAUCAGGGCAGUGAUGACCCCGGCAUUCACCUCCAGUAAGAUGAAGGGCACGUACAAACUCGUUGCUGAAUGUGCCUCUAAUUACGCCGACUAUUUCGUCGAACAGUCUCAAGAAAAACCAGCCGAAUUCAAUACCAAAGAUGCAUUCACACGCUACACCAAUGACGUCAUCGGAACCUUCGCCUUUGGAGUUACCAUUGAUUCGAUAAGAAAUCGAGAUAACGAUUUCUACGUUCUAGGGAGAAAAUCCACGAGUUUUGAGGGGGUAGGAGCAUGGAGACUGACGUUGAUGCGAUUUGUUCCGACUUUGUGUAAAUUAUUUAACAUUAAAUUUGUCACCGACGAUGCGGUCGCUUUUUUCACUAAUCUUGUUAAGGACACCAUCGCAAUGAGGGAUGAGAAGGGAAUAUCUAGGCCGGACAUGAUUCAACUGAUGAUGGAAACGAGGAAUAAUAAGGAGGGAGAGGGAUCCAAGCUGACGCUUCUUGAGAUGACUUCGCAGGCGUACGGCUUCUUCUUCGGGGGCUUCGACACUUCCUCAACGCUCAUGUGUUUUGUGGCUCAAGAGAUCGCUGAGAAGCCGCAUGUACAGGAGAAACUCCAGAGGGAAGUGGAUCAGCUUUUUGAAGAGCAUGAGGAAGACCCUCCGUACGAGGCUGUUAAUAACAUGGUUUAUCUCGAUGCUGUGAUCAGUGAGACACUCCGGAUGUAUCCGAUCGGUCCAUUCCUGGACAGAAUUUGCACUGCGGAAUUUGAAUUACCUCCAGCUCUACCGGGGGGUAAACCAGUCAUGAUGAAACCAGGUGACAUUGUGUGGAUUCCAGUCUACAGUUUCCAAAGGGAUCCGGAGAAUUUCCCAGAUCCGGACGUCUUCGAUCCCGAGCGCUUUAUUAAGAAUGAUAAGUCGUCCGGCCACUCGGCUAACUCGUUGACGUUCGGCCAGGGCCCUAGAAUGUGCAUUGGGAACAGAUUUGCACUUUUGGAGACCAAGAUACUGUUUGUUCAUCUACUGAGGAAGUGCUCGCUGAAGCCGGGCAAGAAGAUGAUCACUCCGAUGAGGGUGAGCAAGACGAGCUUCGUUAUGACCGCUGAAGGGGGAUUCUGGGUGGAGUUCCAACCGAGGAAUAUAUGAAGACGCAAUAGGAAAAACAAGAAUUCGUGGUAGCUUAAGUAUUCUUUAAUACUCUGUUUCAUCACGUGUGCGCAAAGUGAAAUUUUACGCACGUGGAGCGUGUUGAGUCUUUUUUGACACACAUCUUAAUGAAAAAUAGGGUUUGAUCUUCGUGGAAAAAGUGCUCUUUGACCACUGGGAGGGUAGCACUCGCCUUCGGCGCACGUGAUGACAAAUUUAAUAAGAAAACUUGCGGGAAUUUUUUUCAAUUUUCUAAUCUCAAAUUUGGGACCUGAAUAAUUCCUUUCCCCCUGCACAAACAUUCAAAAUAUUGCUCAUUAAUAAAUAAUUAAUUGUUAAAAGUUGAAUAUUUCAAACGCUUUGAAAUCGCUAAUGACGUCACACAGACGGUGUACCACGAAAAAUAUUUAAUUCAUUUUCGAUGAAGCUAUCAAAUAUAUAAGAACUUCAGAUCCCAAAAUGGCUGGUAUCUACUUAUCUCAGUUGUAAUCUUGAUAUCAAUCUACGAAUCAUUGUUCUUGUCAAUUGAUAUCACGAAAGAAUUGCCUCGUGCGGCGAGAAAAUAAUCGUUGAUAAAAAUACAAAUUUAUUUUUGAAAUGUU